UGUAUGUGUGUGACCAUGUGUACCUUCCUAAGUAGAGCAGAUAUUGACGUUGGUGGCGUAAAGCCCCUCGUCUCCAGGACAGAAAUACACUGCGGGAGAACGGGAAACUCUCGCACCAAUGCUGGAAAACCUGCAUAUAAAUCUCAGGAAGAGCAGUACCAGGAAAUACAAGAACUCCGAAGACACCUCGGAGAGCUGCGUGAAGAGAACUCUGGCCUCAAGACGCGCACACGACGCCUUGAAGAGGAUUUGAUCCGCAGAGACCGUCAGAUAGAACAGCUGAUGGAUCCAGCUAAGAAUGACGAGGCUAGGAGAAAGUUAACGGACAAGGGAGCCUCUCUAGUCUCCAGCUUGAAGUUAAGAGUUUCACGCCUGGAAUCGACACUAAAGGAUAAGGAAGCUGAGCUUGCAAAGCUUCAAGCCUCAGCCAAAGCAACGGCCUUGAAUGAACUGAAGAUCGAGGCUGAAACUUAUUACCAGGAGGUUGUAAGACUGAGGAAUCAGUUGAAUGUGGCGUACCAAAAGGUUCCCCAGCAAAGCUCUCCUCAGCACACACACGCACAACUGCACUUGCAGCCUCCUACACCACCUGACGGGAAGAGCAUGAAUGUGGCCCACUGGUCCAACCUUCGUGGCAGUGGUCGGGACAGCAGGGAGGGCAUGCACGGCUAUAGAGACGGCGGUGAUGGUCAGGAGUCACCCACGCACAGUUUAAGGCACGCGCUCACCCAGAUGGAGGAAGAGAACGCCCGCCUUGGACAGCAGGUGGCAGCCUUGGCGUCGGAGAAGGCCAAGCUCACAGCAGACAUAGAGAGGGUUCUAGGGCUUUCUGAUGAAGUCAAAAGCAACUAUGAGGGGCUCAACCGGGCGGAAUUGAUACGUGAAAUCGAGAGGAGGCACGAGGAGGUAACGAGGUUGGAGUCGCAGCACAGCCAACUCACGGAAGCACUUGCGAGGAGGAACGACCUGGCAGGGGACAGUGCUGCUCUCCUCCAGGCCAGAGUAUCGGAGCUCCAAGCAAGGGAGGUGGAAUGGGAGAGGGAGCGUUCAAGUAUGAGGGAACUAAUCAACACUUUGAAAGAUGAUCGACUGUUUUACAAGGAGACUGCGCAGAAGAAAGAGUCAGAAUUGGAUGGUCUUCGUCAGGAAAUUCAGACUCUCCAGCAGGAGGUCAUUUCCCUCCACGACCAAAACCGCAGACGCAAUGAGCGGCCGACGCCUCCUCCUCCUCAGAGGUCUGUGCGGGGAACGGCUAGGUCUACAGUGUCGAGUGCUUCAAGGUCAGGUUCGAGCAGUGAGGCAAACACACCCACACGUCGUCCUCGCACGUCAAGUGCUCGACCCCCACCGGCAAGCACACGAACACAGAGGUCCUCUAAGUCAUCGAGCGAACCACGAGAAAUACCUCCUCAGAGCAAAAGCAGAAAAACACCCACUCCACAGACCACAAAGAAGCCUACUGUUACCAAACCAUCUUCCAGGCAGACCUCAAGUACUUCGUCUCCAUCAAAGGUUACACCAAGCAGUUUGCAGAACUCUGUUGGCAAUGCGAGACCUAGCAGUGGUAGCAGAAGGACAACAGUAUCAUCUGCAAGUUCCUCUCCCAAAGCCAGCCCUUAUGCUUCACCCAAACACACCUCUGCAGCUAGCCGUGCAAACUCUAUAUCAGCAUCUAAAACUCCCACACCACUGGGUUCACCACGCAAGACUGCAGGAACUGCAUCACCUCAGCAGAAGCCUGCGGCCAAAACAUCCCCUCAGCACAAACAGUCUGGAUUGACUUCACCCUCGAAAGUGCCCACCUCACGUGCCUCCUCUAGAACGAGUACCCCAUCCUCCUCAGUCAAAUCCUCCCCCUCAAAAGUAAACUCAGCUAAUCGCUCGCCCUCAAAAGUCCCCCUACCCAGCAAAACCAGUAGCCCAAGCAAAGCACCAGCGAAAAAGAGGGAAGAAAGUGCAAGUCCGACAAGAAGCCCGAGAACAGUGAAGCAGGACACUGUCAGAGAAUCCUCUUUGUAUGCUACCUCUCGGCAUCUGGUAGAAUCCCUAUCCCCGGGCAUGGCUCCUGGUAGGGGGGGCUCCCGCACGGCACAGCAGCAAGAGUGGCGCUUGUACCACUCAUCCAGGCACCCUGUUCCUCACCAGCACGACGUUGGGAGCUCGCACCACAAGCACUAUCUUGGCAGACAGGAGGAAGAUGAGGAAAUUCUGGCAGAGAUCAUUUUCCACCGGGAGACUGACAGCAGCGGAGAGGCCUCGGACCCCUCCCACGGCAUGGUACGACAACGAACAAUGACCCUUAGCACCCAGGACGACCAAGCUCCUCAGGGUGACAAGGAAGACGAAUCAGAGUCAGCAUCUGAACGCGCAGAGAGUAGCAGCUCCCUCAUCAGGCAAAACACAGUUACGCUUAGCAAGUCAGAGGAGAGUGAGAUUAGAGAUUCGAGAGAAGGCAGCGAGGAAGUAGAGGAAGCAGAAGUUGAGCAGGAGGAAGAAAGGCAGAAAAGCGAAGACCUUAAGAGUUCGAGAGAUGUAGAAAGCCCUGUCAUAUCAUCACAGGAUACAGAGAUUAUCGAGAACCUAGAGCUGCUUCAGUCCCUUCUGUCAUCUCACCUGAGCCGACAGCGUGAGGUGAAUGAGCUUCUAAGUCAGGAACCGCUUCUGGUUGGAGAAGGACAGCCAUCAAGUGACAGUAGCCCAAGUGUGUCAUCUAGACGAAGGGGCAGAAGCACGAGAGAAGCGCCAGAUGGAGAAGAAGCUUCGAGGGGUUCCUCUAAACGUUCUCAGAGCCUGGUUCGACAGGGGACCUUCAAUGUGAGCGAGCAGGAGACCACAGUGGCUACCAUCCAUGCUACGUUAGAUGCGCAUCUCACGAGGUAAGCUGUAAGCUGGAUGACCAGACAGAUCAUCUAAAUGUUGAAGUGGUAGAUAGGUGCUCUUAUUUGGAAAUGUGACGCACAAAAAAAAUCCAGGUGCUGUGACUUUGUUGCUGCCUUCUCUUCUCAAACAAAUAGUAGAUUAGAGUAACGUCAGAGGUGUGGUUUCUACAAAUAGCGGGCUUAGUGUGUACAUCUUUAGAAGCAGGUACAUAUUUUGCCCAUCAAAGGGCAUGUCGUUUUUGUAAAUGGUUCAAAUGUAGAUCAUAUAUCUAGGAUGAUGAAGUGACAAAGAAAAAGAGAGUGUGUAUAUGGUCAAUACAUACUUCAUAAAAAGCCAUAUGUAUUCCUGCUCUUUCUGCAACUAACAUGUUUAUGGAUACCUGCCAUUAGUAUGUAAGUGUUCAUUCUGCUGGCCUUUUAUAUCAAUUGAUUGUUCUUUAAAACAAUUGUUGCUGGAAGGACAUGUUUGAGCCCUCUGCUGUUGUUAUUAUCCCCUUUUGGAACGAGGCAGAUGUACGUUGAGGACUCUGACUUUGUGUAGUCUGGUAGCAUCUUUUGAUUGUAAUAACGAAAUAAGAGUUCUGGCUUCUGUCUCAAGGAAAAAAGAAUAAACUAUGAAAAAAAUAGAAGCAUUACAGUCUACUUAACUAUGUGACAGAGAAGAGUACAACUUGUAGAGAUAACUUACUGCCUCACUGGCUGGCUUGAAGAUCAUCAAGUUUACACAAUGGUUAAGUGAGGAAUCUGUUUCAGAAUAUAGACUCUUUAGCUGGUUAGAUCUUGGAACUUCAGGUUAUGGAAGGGCUUGAGAUCAGGUAAUUGAUCUUCAGCUUGCCUAAGUACACCUUACUGUUACCUCAAAAUUUAUGUAGUGGAUUAUAUAGUGAUUUUUAGAUGGUCUGUACCAUGAUAUUCUUUAGAAUAUACAAGUUUUUUUAAUGUGCUAUGAUGUUAAACACAAUAUACAAAUACUGUAAUUGUUUAUGAAUAAUUGUAAUACACUAUUAUAAGGGAAUCCAUUAUAAUCAUCAGUGUUAAAAAAUUUCAUUGACUCUUUCUGAAGGUUGUAGUUAGGAAACAGUAGGUUGUAAUAGGAAGGGAAAGGUAUGUAGAAUUUCAAGAGCAGUCACAAUAAUCUUUCUUCACAAAAGGAAGUUUCAUAUGAAGAAAAAGAUGAGGAAAAUAUAUUAACAUUCUUCUAUUUAAAUACUUUAAAGAUUUAUGAGUAAAUGGACAGUGAUGUAUCUGACUAACUGACCCAUCUGCCUUUUUGUGCUUGAUACAUUGCAGAAAAAACAUUAAUGGCCCAUUUUUUGGGCUGUAGGUCUGAGUUUAGGUACUCCAGUCUUGUGCUUGUGACUGUUUCAUCAUCAUUUUUGAUUGUUGGGUCUUUGAAAGAAAAUAUUUUUCUACAAUUUUGUACAAAGCUCAUUACCUUCUAGGAUAUGUCCUGUAUAAAACAGCUGGUCCAUUUACUCGGUGUCUAGUAAUGAGAAUAUAAGAAUAUUUAGUUCGGGUGGAUAAACAUUGCAAGAUUUGCUGUGUUGCAUUCGGCUCAAGUGCCAGAGUCCGUAUGGUAACAGAUUUCUCUCUGGUUUCACUUUCAGCACAAAAAAAUAACGAAAAAAGUCAUGAUUGUGUUGGUUUUUGAAAGGUAGCAUGUCAAAUGGAAGGGACUGAGAAUUUCCAUUAUUCUGCAGGUUGUGUCAUUUACCUUGUUGUGAUGUACACCCCAAAAGGGAAGUGUGUCUUAUUGCAGUAUAGCUCAAGUAGCACAGGCAGUUUACUAUUAAGGAAGUGAAGUGAUUGCUAUAGUUACUGCUGCUUUUGCUUCCGCAGCUGUUAACUCUUGUUAUUCGAUUGCAGCUGCGUUGGUGACGAAACUUUGUGUCAUAGCCAUCGUCAUUACCUUUAUAUAUUUAUAUGCUUAUUUCAUAUUAUUUUUUACUAUCAUGACAGUAUUAUGUUUGAUGUUUUAUCGUUUUUGGUGUUUAUGAUAAAUUUUUAUCAUGCUUAUCAUUUUCUUCAUGUAACAUUGUUAUCAUUAUCACCUUUACUAUCAUUGUAAGUAUAAUCUGAUUAUCAAUUUUCAUUAUCAUCUCUUCUUUUAUGUUAUUUACUUUUAUCAAAAUGAGGAAAAUUUUGAGUUGUAUGUUAUGAAUGUUUUUUAUUAUUAUUAGUCACAUUUUAGCAUGUUUAAAAUUUACACCAAUACUUUUGGUUGGCGAUUUGUUUUCCUUUUAUUCAUACGAUGUUUCAUCAGAUUGUGAUAAAAUCUAAUACUCAAAAGAUACAGUAGGAAUUAUAAAAUAAAUAGAUAUAUCAUGUAUAAAGAUCAAGGAAUUCAUGUGGUUGUGCAGUCUGAAAUCAGACCAAAAAGUUAAGCUUGAUUUGUCUGAUAAAAAGUGAUGUGAUCAUUUAUUAAUUACUUACAUAGAGAGAGAUGAAACAAAAAAUACACAUGCUCGCAGCUUUCAAGGUUUGAAGGUACCUCAAGAGUGCUCAAAGUUUGUACUUUUAAAUUUGAAUGUUUGUGUAAUAAUUUGUGUUCCGUGUUUACCCCUCCCCUUCCCCUGCAGUAUGGACCAACCCUGUGUUGCUGUGUUUCUUUUUCAAAUUCUGAAAAUAGGUGUAUAAUGGAGAUAUAAAGAUGGGUUUUUAAAAGCAAGUAUUUUCAUCACAGACACUGAUGAUUCGAAAUUGAAAAGGUUUUUAUGGAAUGUGAGUCAAAAGUGAAGUGAACAUUAUCUUUCUUGCAUCACUUUCCUUUUAUUGGAGUUGUGUUGGUUUGCAGUUAAUCAUUGGGAUAAGUUGUUUAUGUUACUUUUUUGGUAUGUGCUAUCUAAUGUACAACAAUUAUUAGAACUGUAAUUUUAGUGCUAGUCCACUAGUCAUUUUUUUUCCAUGGUAUUAAUGCAAAGGUAACUAUGAUCUUAUGAACAAAAGCCUCUGUGUGCCUAAAAAUAUGGUCAUUAUCCUUUCCUGUCAAGUUUACUUAAUAUUUGGUGAUAUUGACUGUCUUAUGUGGAUAUAUUAGGAAUAAUUUCUCAUGCUGAAAUGAGUUGCUUUUUUUACAUUAAAAAAAUUAUAGGCUGUGGAGAAUUUACCAUUUUCUUCGUUUUUAAAGUCUGUGAAGGACAAAUGUGACCAGUAGGUAAGAAUUCAGUUCUGAGACACAAAGCCUACCAGUGAAAUUACUUUAUAUCAACCACUUAGGUAUGUUGAUUUGCUGUGUACAUUUUUCUGUUCAAUUGCGGUUUGGUGUGGAAGAAAGGUGUAAUAGCAAGAGUCUUGUUCCGGUUCCUAUGUGUAAGUAAAACAUUUAUCUAUAUUUGGCUUUAAUCAUAGUUAAGUAUAAUCACAUAAUCCGAUUAUGGUUAGUGUAACUGCAUGUUAAUUUCCUCUGCUGACAUCGGGUCACAUAUUACAAAUGUCAAGUAUUAAGCUGAAAGUAGAACUGUUCUUCUUUUUUCAGUUUAGUUCUUUAUUCUUAAAAAAGGAUAUGGUCUUUUCUUGUGGUAUUUAAUGGUUCAUUUUAUGUAAAUGAUCUUUCAUGCAUAAAUUGUUUUCCUUAGAAAUGAAAGGUAAAUCUACUUAUGUAUUGAUAUAUUGAUACAGGCCUGCUUAUUGUCUUAGGCUAGAAGUACCCUAAUGGGCAUAGGAAGGAAAUCUCUUGAGUUGGGAAAUAUUCAACACAUUUUUUUUAUAAAGCUGAGUUUGAAACAUUUUUAUUUCUGUGAAUUCAUUGUCUUUUGCUGUUUAGACAUGUUGAAUGAGAAAUCCAAGAUGGGACUGAUUUUCUUUGAAGGGGAGAAAUCAUUUAUUAAUAAAAGAAAAUCAUAUAGUAACAAAAAGAGUACUAUACUGUAAUGAAAUAAAUUGAUAUUGAUAAAUUUCUGAGUAAUACUUAGUUUGUGUCAAGAUACAAACUUUGGAACACUGAAACAAAGUAAUCAUCAGUGUUUUUGUUAAUGUAGAGAUGGCAAUUAGAUCUGAAUAGGGGAUAUUUUAUACCAAUUUUCAAAUGUCUCAGUCUGGGAUAGGUUUUUCCAAGUUGGAGUUUUGCCUAUCUUGUCUUUGAAUGAAAAAUAACAUAAGUCUCCCAAUGUAUUACAAGAAAAUGUAUGACUUAUAUCUCAAGCUCAAGAUAAUAACUUUUGUUGAUACUCAGUUUUUUCCCCAUAUAUCUUGGUGAAAAGUGUAUUGCGUAUUCUAGAUCCCAAAGCUGUUAACGACAAACUUCAAUCAUUUGUGUGAUUACUUAAGAAGUGGGAAGUAAAGAUCUGUGUUAUUGCAACGGUAGCUAAAUAUAUACUAAUGUUACAUGAGUUUAUAUGUGUUCACUCUUCUGUACAAGGAUGAAAAAAAAAAAAAAUUCAGUUGUGUUAUUAAUGUGUGAAAUUUGUGUUGUAACUUUGAUCUCCAAAUCAGAAGUUGACUUGUAAUUCAUGGUUGUUUUGUUGAUAAAAAUUAAAAGACAAUUUGACUUGAUUAGAAAGACAUGAUUAGUAUUUCAUAGCGUUAAGUUUGUUUUGUAUUUAUUUAUUUUGCAGUUAUUGGCUGAAUUCUUCUGUGUAAUUAUAAGAAAUCAGGUAUUUUAGUACUAAAGUAAUGGUCAUGAAACACAAAAAUUCAGUAAGGGUACUGAAUGAUUGACAAUAAGGCAUGGAAAAUAUAUAUAUAUUUUUGGAGUCUACAGCUUUUUGAGUACACUUUAAUUUCAACCUAAAUCUGUUUUGGUUGGCAACAAAAUUUGCAGAGCUAAGCUUUUGGAUUUUUGUGAGGUAUUUGUAACCAAAGUGCAGAGCUUUACCCAAUUGUUAAAUUGUAAGUCUGAAAAUAUGAAUAAAAAAUUACUACUUUCAUGAAAAGAU